AUGGUAAACCCACAGAUCACCGCCAGGGGGUUUCCCAGAUCCCCCAAUGCAACAAGUGUCUGCUAUACACUCACAACGUAUUGCUUCACACCCGAGCCGUUCUCGUCGACUACCCUGUCGGCUGUUUCUUCGGCUCUCUGCCCGGCCCUCGGCACUCCGACCACGACCAUUACCGACUCGGUCACGUCGACCCAUCACCGCACUGUGACCACCACGGAGUCAGUCACCCUCACCCAGCACACGUCAAGCGCUCAGUCACAGGCCGCCCAGAUCUCAACAUGGCCCACGAAGAGCGGGCUUGCCGCCAUCUCUGUGGCAACCGCUGCUGUCGCCCUCAUUGUCGGGGCCGUGGCCAUGUUGUACUUUAUGAAAAGCAGAGCUCAAAAGCUCGCUCAUGUCCGGGCUUCUGAUGGCUCUAAUCUUCCCCACGAUACAGCCGAGUUAGUUGACCUUGGCGGCGUGGCCAGGGCUAGAUCUGACUCUGUUCCCAGAUUAGUUUCCGGCAAUAACUCCACCGCCGAGGUCAUCUCAGGCCUCCAGGACCUGAGCACCAAGAUCCAAGACCACGUUGAGAGCACUUACAGCCUCGAGGAGUCGCAGAUCAGCGACAUGGACGGCCUCAUCCAGGCCAUUGCGCGUCUCCCCUUUCUGAAGCACGACGCUCAGUUUCUGGCCUAUCUCUGUUCCUUUCCGGGCACCCGCCAUGCUGCCCUGCGCCAUCUCAUAGCUGUGACCAUCCUGUCAGCUAUUGACUUUGGUACCUUUCACGAUGCCAUCCUCCUCCCCCCCGUUAUUCUCGCUUUUUGGGCGACGCUGCCCAGCCCGCAUGAAGACAAGCAGCGCAUUGAAGCUCUCUGGCACUGGCAGAAACUCUCCAUGGGCCUGCUCCAGCGCCAGCUCACCAGCACCGCAACAACCACUCCCGACAUAGAGGAGCUAACCAGCAUCCAACCGCAAAUCUCCAAACUACACGACCUCCUGGCUCCCAUCCUCUCCCACUUUGCCAUCCCCACCAGCGCCCCCUACCACGGCAACAACAACAACAACGGAAACAACAACAACAACAACGGAAACAACAACAACAACAACGGAAACAACAACAACAACAACGGAAACAACAACAACAACAACGGAAACAACAACGGCGAAUCAUCCCAACAAGCCCAGAUGCAACCCCAUUCCCAACCGCCCCAACUCCACGACCUCCUCACCACCGCCACCACCCUCGGCCGCACCCUCCUCGCCCAACCCCACCGCUUCAUCUUCGACUGGCACACCACCACCACCACCACCACCACCAUCACCACCCCCACCCACAACAACAACAACAACACCCCCACCCGCGACAGUAGCACCUACGGCUACAGCACCAACCGCGACGAACUCGUCCUCCUACCCGCGCUUUUGCGCGUGAGCGAGCACGGGGGCGGGGCGCUGGAGGUGCCGGUGCGGGAGCAGGAGGGGGUGGUGGUGGAUGGGUUCAUGGAUGAUGGGGGGGAGGAGGUGGAGAGGGAGGUGGUGAGGGGGGGGAUGAGAAGGGGGAUGAGGGUUUUCCAUGACUACCUACCUACUGGCAAGUGA